AACUAAUCGCGUCAUUUGCCGCGGUUCCAAAUACAGCGUCUGGUUGUAUCAAAUAACGGAACUUGACCGGAUUCUGGAAGACGACCGGAGCGGAUCUUUCCUGCUAUUUUUUUUUUUCAGAGAAAGAGUCGAGGAGGAAGGCGGAGUUUUGGUCUAAAGUUUUUCGGAGCGGUGGAAAAAAGAAGAAUAUCAACAGUUAAAUGAGGAGAGAAGUAUCGGGAAUUUACAGGCUCUUUGGAGAGGAAGCUUGAUCCCAGAGGACCCCCCCCCCCCGAGGGCGAGCGCCAUGUCCUGGUACCUGAGGCACUUCACGGCGGUGGGGGAUGAUUAUGAGAACAUCACCCACUGGCCGGAGGAGGAGGAGGUGCAGGAGCCCCGUGAGCCGCCGGGCCAAGCCGCCGGGCUGAGCCCUGAACCCGUGACCUUCCGGGGCUCCCUGCGGAAGCUGUUCAGUUCAGAUAAGUUCCAGAUCGCCGUGGUCAUCCUGGUGAUCCUGGACGCUGUGUUCGUGCUGUGUGAGCUGCUCAUAGACCUGUCAAUCAUCAAGGCAGAUACAGGGAAGAUCGCCCCUCAGGUGUUCCACUACCUGAGCCUCGUCCUCCUCACCUUCUUCAUGGUGGAGCUGGCAGGGAAGCUGUACGCCUACCGCCUGGAGUUCUUCCGCCACAAGUUCGAGGUGUUCGACGCGGUGGUGGUGGUGGUGUCCUUCGUGCUGGACAUCGUUUACGUGUCCAGCGAGGACGCCUUCGACGGCAUGGGCCUCCUGAUCCUGCUCCGGCUGUGGAGGGUGGCCAGGAUCGUCAACGGCAUCCUGAUCUCAGUGAAGACCCGCGCAAAUCACAAAGUGCAGAAGCUGAAGGAGACCAAUGAUCACCUGACCCAGCAGGUCAGCGACCUCCAAGGGCUCCACUCCACAGCGGAACAGGAGAACAAGCGGCUGCGUGCACUCCUACGCCAGCACGGCAUCGACUUCUGAGCGUGCGCCGGGGGGGAGAAAGGAGGAUUUUCAUCUCCCGUCUUAUUUUUGGAUAGAAGUCCACGAACGCUGCAGCCCUGUCUUUAAAGCCACUUUUUCCACGUGACGACUUUGCUUUGAGCCGACCGACUGCCGUCGUGCGAGGGAAGGCGGGGUCAUGACUGUCAAUCAUCAGCGCGGCGCAGGUGAUUUGAAAUUGCGGCUGAUCCGCAGAGGAGGGCAAGACAGAGGCCACGCCUAAGUACUAACCCAAACCCCUAAAAUGCCAGGCUUCAGAUUUUCAACUAACCCACACUGUUACAAUAAGAUUCAGUAUCUUUUUGGAUAUUCCUAGGAGCUAUUCCUAGGGAAUAUGUCAAAUGCCAAAGCCAUUAUUAAACAUGCAUCAGCUCCAGUGUCCAGUAAUCUUGGUUACUGAGGGUGGUCAUGUAGAUAACACAUAAAAUUAGCUAGAAAUUCAAAUGUGAACUGUGAUUACUGCAUAUUACUUUUAAGAAACUCUAUUUGAGUGUGCUUGUGCAUUUCAUAUCUAUAUUUAAAAGGGAACUGUGUAUAGAACGCCUCAUUACAAUAGAUGUGAGAAUGAGAAUAAAAAACCUGAAUUAUGAAAGAA